GGUUCUACCGCCUGUCAACAAUGGUGAGCGGCGUUUAAGUAAUUUAUUUUAUAGGAAAUCCCUUUACAAACAUGAUUUUACGGGGAUAAACAGUCGCAGUGGUUUGACCUUUACAGGCCGCCGUCAUGAAGAAUUGUGCCUAAAAGCAGGUUGAAGUUUCGCGUUGAGCUCUUGACGCUUAAGGCUUAAUGACGAUCCGCGGGUCCCUAACCGGGUCCCUAACCGGCCUUCAGAAGAACGACAGGAAUGUUUUCUCCUCACGGGAAUGCGGACAAAACGGACGUUUGGCCACUGGAGUGGAUCAGGCUGUCGGCAUGGGUCUGGUUCUGUUCAGCCUGGCUCUGUUUUCGUACUACUCUGUGUGGGUCGUGGUUCUGCCGUUCAUGGACGGUGACCACAUGCUGCAGCAGUACUUCCUUCCUCGUGAGUACUCUGUCAUCCUGCCGGGCAUUGCAGCAGUGGUUUUGCUCCUCAUGAUAGGGGCUUUCACAGCAGCUGUUGUGUGGAUGAAUCACAAGCCAAAGAAAGUGGAUUAGUCCCACUUUCCAUGGGAAAAUGGAACUUUAUAAAGUCACAUGGAUUCAUUUUCCUCCUCUGGGAAUCUUUUUGACAGAACAUGUGCUUGGUGUUGUGGGUAUGAGUGCUGGCUGUGAGUGAAGUCUGGGUUUCAAACUGAAAAAUAAACCUUUUCACAUAGAUCA